AUGGCAAGCUUUGAAAAAAUAUUGAUAAAAUGUGGACUGAAUGUUGAAAAUCCCUAUUGCAAAUUUCUGCUACAAACUUCGAUUAAAAAAUAUGAUUGUUAGAAUGAACCUCAAGCUAAUAAUUCUAUAAUAAAUCAACCUUCCAAGCAGCAAGACUAACCACUUAUAGAUUAUAAACAAUUCUUAAAUUAAUCGAUUAAGGCACUAUCUCAAGAACCUUUCGAAAACGAGACUUUCAUUAUAGAGUAAUUUUGGAAAAUAAAAUUCGGGGAGAAUCAUCACAGACACAUUACAAUAUAGGAGUUCAACAAGGGUUUCUAUGAAUUCUUUAACAAAGACUCCAAAAUGAUUUCAAUAGAUUCAAUAGACUAGAUAGUGAAUGAAUGUUUUCAGUAUGCACUGAGGAAAAAUAAAAAAUUCAUUUCUAAAAGGAGCUUUAGGAAAGUAGUAAAAAGAAACUUCAGAGAUAUAUUCAGCCUAAUUCUUAUUGAUAAAUCACAAAAUAAAUACAAGAAGCCAUAAGAUCCAUUAUCUCAGUAAUCAGAAUAGCUUACAGAUCAGAUUGGAGGAUCUAUCACUAAAGAUGAUACCUUAGGAGGAAAUGUUUAAUCAACUUAUUAUCCAGAUUCAUUAGAUACCCGGUCUCAGAAAUAAUCAAGGCCUGCAAUUAUUUGUUCUAAUCCUAGCAAAUCCUUUCAAGAAACCAGCACAUUUUAUAAUCUUAGUAAUAACACGAGAAGUAAGUCCAGUGAAGGAUUUUCAAACAAUUACUAAAGCACUUCCUUUUAGCAUUCAUCAUACGAUGCAUUAGCAUAAUAAAUAAGCUAUUUAACUGAGAAAAGAUAGGAACUAAAGAGGAAUGCAUUAUAAACACUGUAACUUGCAUUGGAAAAAGCUUUAGACAGAAUAGGGGCUAGAAGAGUCUUUCAUAAGCUAAGAAUUAAUAGUGUAGCUUAGACUAGAAAAGCUUUUCUAAAAUAAAGAAGUUAAAUGAUGGAAAAAAUAAUGGAUAAAGAAAAUAUCUUACCAUAUAAUGAUAGUAAAGGAAGAAAGCAUGAACUUUUUAUGAGUAAGGAUACUUCUGCAUUUAAUACUACUCAUGGAUCAAAGACUUAGCAUUUUUAAGAAAGGGGAACAUUUUCAUUUAACAAUCUUAGCAAGGACAAGAGAAAGUAAAGGAUGAUAGAGCAUUAAAACUUUAUUAGUCCUAACAAUUUUAAUAGUGAUCUCUACCAAGAAAAGAACUUCCUAUCAGAAAAUGAGGACGAGUUGAAUUUUCUCUAAAAUAUCCCUUAGAAGGAACACACUGUGAGUGCAUUUGAAAAUCAAAAUAAUCACUAAUAGAGUCAUCAUCACAAAAUUCAAUCAUAUGGAAGUUUACAAUAUAGCAAUACUCCCACAAUGUCUUAAAGACCAGUAUUUCAUGUGCAGCAGUUUAAAUAUGAUUAAAUCCCAGUUUCAACUAAAUCGAAUAGUAUAUCUGCAAGGAAUUAUACCUGCACAACUAGUCAAUCAAAUGAAUACAAACUUUUAUCUUAGAGGCAGCACGAGCGCUAAUUUUAUCUUAGCUAAAAUAAUCAUAACUCUAGAAGUCAUCAUGAUUUAUAUACAGAUAUUAACAAAUAUGAUAGCAAUACUAAUAUAAUAACUAGUCAUCCAACAGACGAUAGUACAAUGAAGGAUCUUGAAUAGAAAUUAAAAGAUAUCAGAUCUGGUAAUACAACUACUAAAAAUGUCAGCAAGAGACAUAGUACAAAUAAUCAGAAAUGCAUUGGCCAAUCAAGUGGCUAAGGCAAGGUUAACCAAUUCAAACAUAUUGUGAGAAACAGCUAUUAAAACAGAAGGUCGAAUAAGUCAUCGAUGCAAUUUAAUGACUCUAAUGCUGCUUAUCCAAGUAUGGUUGUAAAAAAUCUUGAGCAUCUAACAUUAGGAGCUCAAUAAUAAUCCUCAGAAUAUUCAUAAAUUCAUCAUACUCAUAAAAAUUCAAGAGUCACAAACUUUGAGCAAUUGACUACAGAUUAAAAUUCUAUUAUAACCGAUAUUACUCCAAUUCCAAAUUAAAAUAGCUCUUCUCAUAAUUUUAGAGAAGAUCACUCCUCAUUGUCUAGACUGAUUGAUCAACAUCCUUAGCAAUCUAUUAUUACAACAAAUAUCCAAAGAACUCAAGAUGGAAGAGUACCUUCUCAUAAAUCUAAAGAGGCUUUACACUAUGAAAGGAAAUAUAAAAAGUCUAAGGAUAAAUUUAAGGCAUUAACAAGUGAAAAUAUUCUAGAAAAAGCUAAAAAUUAAAAUCUAGAGCAGUAGAAUUCUAAUCUAGGAUAAAAAGUGGAAAUCCUUGAGAAAAGAUUUGAGUAAAUGUAAACAGAGCUCAGUAAAAAUUUGGAUAACUCUAAUAGUAUUCAACUUCUUCUGAAGUAAUCUUAAUAGAAAUAGGCUAUAUCAACUUUGUUUUUCUUGAAUAAGAUGGUAGUUUAAUCUAAAAUGAGAUAUUACAUCAACUAAUGGAGAAACUAAUGUAUUAAAACUAACUAUUAAGCUAUGAAGCUUAACUAGCGUAUGAAAGAAGCAUAAUUCAAGGACAAGUAAAAUUAUUUUGGAGCCUGGGUUAGAUAUACAUUGACUAGAAAAACUAGGAAAGAAAAGAGAAAGAUUUAAAAACUUCAAGUCAAGUCUCUUAGGAUUGCAAUGAAAAGAUUAAUGCUUGGUUAGUAAAAGAAAUUUUUUAACUUUUGGAAGGGACCCUUCUUAAAAAAUAUGAUGCUGGAUGAUUUUUAAAGAGAUAUGCAAUUUGCUCACGAAUAAGUUAAAUCAAUGAGAAACAUUGUUUGUUUCAAUAAGAUUGAGUAUAUGAUAGAGAAAAGGGUAAUUAAUCUAAAAAGCUUCGCUUUAAGCAGGAUGGUCCUUAAUGAUUUUAGCAAAAGAUCGUUUAAUGCAGAAACUUCAGAGUUUUUUACUUAAUCUAAGUCUUUUAGUGCAACAAAGAAAAAUAAUGUUGUUUCUCCUCUAAUUUAGCAUUGCUAAUUAAAUAAUAGACUUUAAAUUUAGCAGUAGCAGUUCUACUAAUAGCCAGUUCAAUAACAUUAUCAAUAUAUCUCCUAAUAUGAGGAUGAAAGAGAGUAUUAGAAAAAUAUUCAAAAUACAGAUUAUUCAUAAAAGAUGCUGAUGCAAAGAAGAUAGCAAAAGCUUCUUGAGGGUAUUGAGAUGAUAUAUAAUGUGCUUAAAAGAUAAAGUUAAUACAUCAAAGAUGAUUACUUCUCAAUAUGGAAGCAUUAUACUUAUAAUUGCAAUUAGCAACAACAAAUUUAAUAACAGCAAUUAGAGGAGUAAAACUAUUAUUAGCAAAUACAAUAUCAGUAGAUGAACUAUUAUCAUCCAGAGCAAAUAUUUAAUAAUGCAUCUGGUGAUUUAGAUACCUCUCAAGAAGUUCCGUUGAACUUAAUAAUCAAUCCUGUAAGGCAAAAUCAGUAUGUAGAGAAUGGAUAGUUGAAUGCUAAUAGUGUUUAACCUCAAUAGCUACAAGAGCCUUGCUACUAUAAGACCAAUGAAGGAUAUUUCUACCCUAAUCAGCAAGAAUUGCUCAGUCCUAAUAAAUUCAAUGGAUAGAAAAGACUAAACUUUAUUGAGUAUUCUUCUAAGAACUCAUCAAUGCAGUAAAUUCCCUAUGAAUAUCAGUCUAAUUACUAGUCAAGUGUUCAAAGCCUUUCACCUAUUAAUGUAAUUCCAAGACCAUAUCCCUUAACUCAUGCACCUACUCAGCAAUCUUAAAUUAUUGCCUCUAACAACAGUAAAGCUAGAUAAUUAAACCAAUUUAAGCUUAAGAGAUUAAUUAGAUGCAAAACUUGA